UGGCAGGCCAAGGCGCUGGCUUGCGGGGCUGGGCUCUACCGGGAACUCUGGGUUCUCGAGGUUGGGUCCUACCCGCUGUGGCCGCCUUGCUGGCUCUUCUCCGAGUCCCAGGCCUGCGCUAUGCGUCCCGCACUGUCCGCCGAGGGGUAGGCUUGGGCCGUGGAGGCUGAAGACGCUAGAGGCAGAGGCCAGGCCUGGCUAACUUGGUUCAGGCACUUGGGAAAUGUAUUCCUGAAUCUGGGAUAUGCUGAGGCUGCCAAGGACCCUCUAUGCCUCCUUGGUCUUAAAACACCACUUUUCCUUUCCUCUCGCUCUUUCAUCCGAGUCUAUCCCAAAUCAAGAGGCCUGACGUUUCAUUGCCCCAUCCUCUCUAGCCUCAUUGAGAUCAAACCAGACCUGUUAGCCUUCCUGUCUUCACCACAUCUUUGCAGUUUGUAAAGGCAGCGUUCCUAGCCUUGUUCCAUCACCAGGACUGGAGGCCAAGUCGGCUUCUUCCCUGGCUCCAGCAGGCCUCCCGAGGGUGUGCUGACUGCCACGGCCAGCACGAUUCCUGCAGCAGCGCCCGGGGGGCCUGGUUCGUGGAGGGCUGGCCCCCGCCUGACCCAAGGUGGCUCGGAAAUUGGAAAUUGCUCUAUGCUGUGCCCAUGGUGAGCUGGUUCACCGUGUGAGAGCGGGGGCUAGCAGGGGAAGCCUUGAUCUCUACCUUUGGCACCUGUUGCUGUUACAAACACACACCAUCACAGCUGGUUCACAAGAAUUCCUGAACACUUAGCCACCUGGGCGUGGUGUCUCUGCUCGGGCACACUGCGGUCUGUGGCGGGCUGUCUAGAGCACGGUUUGAUGUAGUAAGUAAGUCACACGGCGUGUUGGAAGGAGAUUAGUUCUAUGAGAAGAGAAGAUACAGGGCAGGCAGGGACGGAUUCAGGUUUUGUAGAAUAAGAAACCCAUGCAAUUUCAGGGGCUCACUCUGACAAAAGUAACUAAAAUGACGACUGUGAAGUUGAGGUCAGGGCCUUGGAUGGGGCCCGUGCAAGUCAAAGGUCCUUAGGACUUUAGGUUCAAGUUAAAUCUACCAAGAAGAGUGCGGUAAGGGGAGGCGUGGGGGAGUGGUAGCUGGGUGGCUCUGUGGAGAGGCGAUCCGGCAGAGGGAAGGGCCAGUGCUUGGGUGCUGAGCGGGGAGUGGUCUGUUAAACUGCAGGAAGAGGCGGGAGCUGGCUGAGCAGGGGGAGUGCAGGGAGGAUGUGGACAGAGAGGGGAGCGGGGCCUGGCAAGGCCUGCAAAGGACUUUGGCUUUCCCAAAGCCCAAGCUGUAGCAGGUGUCGGUACCCCUUCACAAGGCUCACCCUGCCCUCUCUGUGGAGGAUGGACAGUGGGGUGCGGUGGGAGUGGCAGAGGGAGAUUAAGACAAGAGGUUAGUGCAAUGAUCCAGGGAAGAGAUGAUGGAGGCUCAGCCCGGGGCUUGAGGUGUGGGCUGGGCAGGUCCUCAGUGCCCUGCAGGAGCAGCAGGGGCGGGCUGAGGGGUAAAUGAGAGUUGGGAGAUGGACAGCAGCAGGGGGAACGACUCUGAGAGGCUGGAAGCUGAUGAGCAAAGGGAGGGGUGGUCAGUUGCAAGAGCCCAUGUGGGUUUUAAAAGUGCAGGCUGGGUGAGGCCUGGCACCACCUUGGGCCCUGUGUGCCUCCAUUUCCCCUUCUGUGAUGAGGAUUUGCUGCAGCAACACAUGUCAGUGAAGUGUCUGCACCUGCUGGGUUAGCCGUGACGACGGCAGCGAUGGCGUCAGGCGGGAAGACGGGCAGGUGCACAGACAGAGGCACUGGGAGGGCAGCAGAGGAAGGCUGUGCUGGCAGGGGUGGAGGCCUUGCUGGCCCAGGGCGAGAGCUGCUCACCUUCGGCACGUAGGAAGCAUGAGGCCUGGUUAGCUGCUGGGUGUGAAGGCUGAGGGGCUGGAUUUGGGAAGACUCCUGGCCAGAGGUGACUGCCAGCCCCAGCCGGGAGCAGGUCUGGUGGGCUGGACUGAGGAGUCAAGCCCGGCCAGCGCCUCUCGGUCAGCUAGGGGCUCUUUGCAGGCUCAGGGGCUGGGGGUGGAAGAUUCUGCAGGAGGGGGCUGCCCGAAGGAAGGCAAGCAUCAAGGAGGUGGUCCCCUAGCCCCAGCUCCGCGGGGCCCGUAGUAACUCUUUUGUUCUCCUGUCCCAGGCCUUCUGCCUGCAGAGCAGGCUCGGGAGUCCUGGCUGAAGGUAGGGCUGGGGCAGCUCAGGGCCCGUGGAGUGGGAGUUCUGAGCGUGCCCCCACCCACCGCGAUGGGAUGGCAGAGGUGGGGGCGGGGGGAGGAGGAGGCAGGGGCAGCAGCUGCGCUCAGUGGGCUGCCCCCUGACAUCCCGGAGGAGCUGCUUCUGCUCUACCCCGAGGCCCGCCGCUCUGGGGGAGGACCUGUGUUGAGCUGGCAGAGACUUGGUGGGGGGGGGGCACUCACUUUUCAGGAGCCUGAAGGUGAGGGGCAGCCUGAGGGCCCUCUGGUGGCUGUGGGCCCUGAUGCCCCACGUGCCCCUGCAUGCCUGCUGCUCCAAGGACUGCCCCCCGACGCCACACCCCAGCACCCGGAGCAGCACAGCCAGACCCUGCUGCGGGCCACGGGGCCCCCAGCGCAGCCCUGCUGUGCCCGGGACAGUCCCCGACCAGACUGGGUCCUGGCCCAACUGCCCCGGCCCCUCUCCAAAGCAGAAGUCUGAGUCCUGAAGGAACAGGCCCUGGGCCUGGAGGGAGCUGAGGUGUCCCAGGUUGGAGACGUGCGUGUGGUGAGGGGCAUCCCCGAGACGGCCUCGCUGCAGGAGCUAUACCUGGAGACUGAGCUCCAUGGUGGCAGGGGGCCCCUGGAGGGCCUUCGAGACCUGCCUGGGCCUGGCACGGUUGCACCCUUCCAGCAGCAGCAGGUGGCUAAGAGGGUCCUACAGCAGGACCCCCAGCUGCGGUGCUCAGAACCGACUGUCCCCCACUAUGACAUCCUGGGGCCUGAGGAGCUUGCCCAGGACACCGGUGGAGGGGACUACCUGGUCAAGUUGGGGCCUGGGGCCACCAAGCAUGCUUUCCUGGAGGCCGGAGGGCCAGUGAGGGCAUUGAAGGGUGCGGGGCUGGUGACACUGGGCUCUGGGGAGGAAGCAGGGCAGACAGGAGCCUCUCUGAGGGUGGGUCCCCUAGGGUCUCUGAGACAGGCUGGGUCCAUCAGCUUGGGGCUCAUGGGGUCAUUGGGAUGGGGGGCUGGUGAGCCAGGGCCCAUGGGGUCUCCAGGCCCCGUGGGCCCAGCGGAGAUGGCUGCAGGGUCUCUGGAGCAUGUCUCCCACAUGCCUUGCAGCCCCCAGACUGCACAGGGAGGACCAGGAGAAGGUGAGCCCGGAGGAGGUCUGAGCGCGGCCAUCCACCUGGAGGGCCUGGGUGGGGAGGACUGGCUGUCUCCGGAGCUGUGGGCAGAGGAGUCUGAGGGGACUCCAGCGUGCUUGGAGGAGCUGGAUGUGGCUGAGCCGGUGGCACUGGGGGCUGCCGUGGGGGUGCACGUCCAGGAGGAGGCGGUGGGGUCCUGGGCGGCAUAUGGCCUGCAGAGCUGGGAGCCUGUCUGCAGCUGUGCCCUGGUACGGAGGCAGCGCCGCGCUUCGCCCGUCGCCCGCACUCGCCUCGGCGCCUGCGUGACGGCACGUGGCACACGUGACCUGUUCUUCACUGACAACCUGGGAGCCUGUUUCCUGACCUGCGCCGUGGGAGGUCCAGAUGCACCAAGAGUGCUGGAACAGCCCCCUGAGAGGCGCCCAGUGGAGCAGGUCCUAUACCAUGGCCCAUUGGCCUGGGCAGUCCCUGACAUCUGUGCGCCAUAGCUACAGAGGCCUUAAACGGUGAGGCCAGGCACACUCUAUGGGUAAGACCGCUACUGGCCCCCCAGUGCUGGCCACAAGGUGGUGUUCCGGGCACGGGUGCUGACCGGUCACUACGUGCAGGGGAACAGGGGAACAGGGGAGCAGGGUCGUGGAGGCCUGCGGGCGCCCCCCCUGCAGGCCCCUAGCCACGUGUUCCUGCAUAACAGAGCGAUGGACUGCCUCCGCCAGCCCAUCUUUGUCGUCUUUAAGGCACUGCCCACCCGCCUCAUUACUGGCAAGCACUUGCCUGGGUCCCUGGCUCCCCGGGGCUCCCCGCUGCGCAUAGCCUUACUGCCCCCUCGGCUGCCUGAGUUGCCCCUGGGGGUGCCCCUGCCUCUGGCUGUGGUGCGUAGACAGGCGGGUGCGGACGGGGAGGACCAGGGCCGUGUCCCCGCUUGGGGCACGUACCUGCCGGAGCCGGCCCAGCCACCAGAGGCGCGGGGAGGGGUGCGCCGGGCGAGAGCGGCGCGCACUAGUCGGGCGCUGCCCGUCCAGCGGAACGCGCGCUCCAGCCCGUUUCCUCGGUGA